UGGGUGUGCAAUUUGUAAUGCGCAUUACUUUCUUACUUCUUCUGACAUAUGGAUUAGCAGAAGCAGCAGCACCACUUAUGGCAAUGCCCGGUUGCAAAGAUACCUGUGGAAAUGUUAGUAUUCCAUACCCGUUUGGAAUGACAGCCGGUUGUUACUUGAACGACUGGUUCAAAAUUAAUUGCAUUGGAAAGGGCAGCUCGGCUAGAGCCUUCCUUCCCAAAAUAAACAUGGAAGUGCUGGAAAUCAAUAUUGUUAAUCCAUAUAGGAAUGAUUCAUACCUUCGUUUGGAGGAAAGCAUCGUUCGAGUCAAGAUGCCGAUUAUUAUUUCUUCGAAUUGCACAGGUACGGGUCCGAGCAAUGGUGGUGUGAAUAUGACGGGGGGUCCUUUUUACUUCUCAUCCUCUCGGAAUAAAUUUAUUUCGGUUGGUUGCAACAAUAUGGCCAUGAUAACCGGUAAUGAUCCUAUGCUGCUGGCUGGUUGCAAUUCGGAUUGCAAUAGUGAAACCAUGAUACCAAGGGAAGCUAAAUGUUCGGGCUUCAACUGCUGCCAGACCACAGUCCCUGAUGGGAAUCAGUGCCGCUUUUGGAAGACGUUCCCGUGGUGCUGGAUUGGAAAGUGUCUGACAUAAGUUUCACCGAGGCAUAUAGACGGAAUAGUGGGUACUCAACAAGAUCCGGCGACAGCGCCAGGCAAUAUUAUUGCCUUCCUGGAUAUGAAGGAAAUCCAUAUCUUAACACGGGAUGUCAAGAUAUAAAUGAAUGCGAGAAAGACAAUAUAUGUCUCAACAAGUCAGAUUGUGUGAAU